AUGGCGGCACCUCGGAAUCUGACCAGUGACGGUGGCGGAGGAAGGCAGCUCGUGAAAGACGAAGAGAACGCCGCCUCCGCUGCUUCGGCAGCUAAAGGUAACGAUGACUCUCCGACGGGUAAACGCACCAAAUCGGAGCGAUUUCCUCUUUCACGGUGGGAGUUCGUCGUGUUUUUCACCGUCUUCCUCGUUUUCGCCACCGGACUUUUAUCUGUUUACCUCACCAUGCCUGCCGCUGAAUACGGCAAGCUCAAACUUCCCAGAACUAUCUCCGAUCUCCGAUUGCUCAAAGAUAAUCUUGGUUCUUAUGCAAGUGAUUACCCAGCAAGAUUCAUUUUAGGUUACUGUUCGACAUAUAUCUUCAUGCAAACCUUCAUGAUACCUGGAACAAUCUUUAUGUCACUGCUUGCUGGAGCUCUUUUCGGUGUGGUUAGAGGUUUUGUCCUUGUUGUCCUCAAUGCAACAGCUGGAGCGUGUUCUUGUUUCUUCUUAUCGAAAUUGGUCGGAAGGCCUCUGGUUUCCUGGUUAUGGCCUGAAAAGUUGAGGUUUUUCCAAGCAGAGAUUGCGAAAAGAAGAGAUAGGCUGCUAAACUACAUGCUGUUCUUAAGGAUCACACCGACACUUCCAAACCUCUUCAUCAAUUUGUCUUCUCCAAUCGUUGACAUACCCUUCCACGUCUUCUUUUCGGCGACUCUAGUUGGCCUUAUGCCAGCUUCGUACAUCACCGUUAGAGCUGGUCUGGCUCUCGGAGAUCUAAGAUCAGUAAAGGAUCUGUAUGAUUUCAAGACUUUGUCAGUGCUGUUCCUCAUUGGAUCUAUAUCCAUAUUCCCUGCUCUCCUAAAGAGAAAGAGAGUAUAUGAAUGA